AUGAAGGCGGCCUUUGAGCUCUCGAUCCCCUCUGAGCUUCACACAAACCACCUCAUCCAGGAGCAAGCGAACCAAAUCAAGGGGUUCAGAAACCCCAGCUCCAUCAUCCCUGACUUCGGCCAUUGUGUUGAGGCAACCGACUGUACGGAAAAUUCUCGUAGUGAAAUGAUCCGUCUCUCUGAGUUGUUGCUAUGGGUUGGUUUACAACUGAGUUUGACUGUAGAACAGGAAGCAGGAGCCAGGUCGUUAGGUUUUGUCCCGGGGCUUUCCUUCGCCGACUCCCAACAGUUAUCAACAAACGACAACCUGAUACCGCCCUCCUCCUACAACAGUCUAGAUACCGGUCCACACCUUGCUCAACGACACGCUAAGCAUGGUCUGCAAUUAACAGAGGCUUUGAAGCAUCCUGUGAGAAGGCUUCUUUACCUGACCGACAUUGUCCGGGCCAGCCGCAAAGCCGAAGACCUCGAGAAGCUGUCAAUGGAUGCCCUUGUACAGCUUCCAGAUACCUCUUUCUCGGAACUUCUGCGAUCUCUCGACCCUAUAGAGUCUUUCAGUAAGGAAUUGGACCCCCUCGAUGACAUCAAUGUGGAGCCCGGGAUGUGGCAGCGUACUCCCCUUGGGAAUGAAAUUGACGUUUGGGGCGUGAGGAAACGUUACGUUCACCUGCUUUCCCAGGCCCUGGCUGCUUGCCAGAUGAGACUAGAAUCAGGCAAGCAUCUAGUUCUUUCCGACUACGUGACCUUAUUACGAUGUGCUGGAGCUGCCUGCGACUUGAAAGCCAUGCAGACCAUCUGGGCGAUGAUGAGCGCUACUGGUUACCGAGAUAUAGACCCAAAUGGGAUCUAUGAGCUCAUUAGAGCUCGUUUUCUGACGGACCCGCUGUAUACGCAACAUGACCUUGCCCGAUUUCUCGUGCGACCCAUCAAUUUACAUAUGCAGAAGCUGUGGAUCCUGGGCACAAAGCAACGCCAGUAUCUAAGGAUCCUUGGGCAUAAUAGAAUCAAGCGCCAGCGCCACUAUUUCGGCCAUAACCGCAACUCGCUCGAUCAUGCAGAGCCUCUGGCUAGGAUACUGAGAAAGCACAUUCCUCCUUUCCGUUUGUACAAGCACGCAGUGAGGAAGUGUUAUAUCGUAGAGGAGCGCGUGCUCUGUGCCCUUAUGGUUGCCUGGGCGCGUAGCGGAUCGCUCCAAAGCAUCCAGCAGCUGAUUCUAAAGCGGUAUUGGGGAGUUGAUGUCCGCAGGCGCUCAGGCUGUCAAGCCCAGGUAACUGGGCAAGCAAUUGCUUAUGCUCCAGAUUCUCCUUUGCGACCAACAACACGGCUGUUGGAAGCAAUAGUGACCAGCUAUUGUCUCAACUCCGAAUUCGCAACCGCUUUGCAGGUGGUGGAUGUUGUCUCGCGAUGCUACAACAUUCCGAUUACGAAAAAGAUCUGGUUCGCCUUGCUGGAAUGGGCAUAUAUUCUCAAUACCAAGCCCGUGGCGAGGGAGUGGAAGAUUGUUGGCCGCCAGUUCCGCUAUUCCAAAUCUAUUCACCCAAAUUCCGUCCAGAUGGUUUGGAACACCAUGACGGCUGACCCAUACAAUGUUCGUCCCGGCCUCUAUCAAUACCAACUGCUAGCCAAAAGUCUGGUUGGUCAGGGACGUGCUGCCGAAGCUCUUGACAUCAUGCUUGAAUUGGAGCCUAUGUACCGCCACAUCCUGACGAAGCUUGAGCUUUCAUUCAGCAAGCAUGCGGUCAGCAUGGCGUUGGGUAUUGACGUAGCCAAGACUCAACUAACCUGGCGCCGUGCGCGGGCACGCAAGCAUGCAGCGCUCUACCACAUGCAAAAAAUAUGUCGGGAUUUGCUCAAAGUAGUGUGUCGUGGACGAACAGCAGAGCAUGCAACGGUGCGAGGCGUGCCACAGUUCAUUGAAGCAUUUCGAGAUUUGCUACCUGCCAAUAUCAAAUACCCUAUCAAAACUGGGAUAAUAGAGCUGCACUAUGCACAGCCGAUAAGGAGGCUAGAAUGGGCCAAAAUGAAAUUCGUGCAGAGACCUGCAACGACGGGAGAUGUGAGGAUCGGAGGGAAGAAAAAGAAGCUCAAGGUCAAAACAAUUGAAGAAACACGGCUUGGGCCGGCGCCGCAUUUGAGUCUGCAUGGGUUCUUGACGGCUGAAAAGCCGUCAUGGGUUCUUGUCCAACGAGAGUUUCACUGA